UGUCCCAGCGCUGUGCAUGGGGGAGUAUGUGUGCUCUCCAUGCUGUCCGUCGCUCUCUGACCUACCCAUCUACCACCUGUGCUUAUCAACUUAGUUUACUGUGUUGAUGGAAUCCACGUGUUAAGCCAUUACUGUGUUCUGCUGGUAGAUUAUAUUUUGUGUUUCAUACCAGGACCAAAGUGAUGUGGAACUGCUAUGCUGAGCUUCUAGUCAUUAGUUUUAUCUUGCGAGUGUGCAUGGCUGGGUGUGUUUGUGCAGUAUCUGGUGAACUCGGCCCACUAGAUAAUGUAUGAGCCACUACGACCACUUGUUACUAGUCAUACUACGACUUAUAAAGUCUGUCGACACUUGUAUGGUGAUGACAUAAUUAUGGUAACGAAUUCUACAUUGUGAUGUUAAUUUUAAGUCGUAUACCCAGCUAAUGACUGCUUAAUCAAAACUAGUAUAAUUUGUCUGUGAAGAAAUGGAGACUUGAUGAUCCCAGCUCUCAGACAAGCUGAAACAAUCACAAAUGGUGCAUAUAACUGGUUGGAGAUUCGGUUCGAUAAAUUACAAGGCGCCGACGUGGCGACUAUGGGGUGAGGAAAAAUGUGAAGGCGCUAUCUACACUGUCUACCUGAAGAAGGUUCGAUACCACCAUCCCUCCAGGAGUAUCACACAGGAAUCUGAUGAUGAUGAAAUCUCUCACUUGGAGUGGGAAACUGUGCGUGUGCGGUUCCUGAAAGCUGGUACUCUUGAGAAAUUAAUAGAAUCUUUGGCCUCAGAUUCUGGAGAAUUGGAAUCCACCUUUGUUAAUGUGUUCCUUGCUACAUACCGCACCUUCUCCUCAACUAGACAAGUCUUGAACCUCAUCCUUGAUCGCUACCUAGCCCUAACUUCAAGUAGUAAUAAAAUUAAUGUUCCGUCACAUCUUCGAGAGGACCAUAAAAAGGCUCUGAGAUUAACACUUCAGGUAUGGCUAGAUGCUUAUCCCGAGGACUUCAGAGAUCCUCCAUCCUUUGCCUGUCUUCAGCAGCUAUGGGAAUUCACCAAGACUUAUCUCCCAGAUACAGAUUUAAACAUAAAGGUUGGCUACAAGUUGGAGAAAAUGAGGAGAGAGGAAGACCUAAAGAGUUCACCAAUGCUAGAAAGGAUUUUGUCUUGUGAGGAAAUGCGUAUACACUGCUCUUCACCAAUGAGCAAUGGAAACCAUCAGCCUUACGAGUUUCUUGAUAUACCAGAAUCUACCUUUGCUCAGCAGCUAACUCGAAUGGACACAGUUCUCUUUAAGGGAGUAAUAGCUCAUCAGUGCUUAGGCUCUGUUUGGUCACGGAGAGAUCGUGGUCGUGGAGAUACAGCAGCAACUGUAACAGCUACAGUUGAUCAGUUUAAUGCUGUAAGCUUCCGUGUCCAGUCUACCAUCCUUGUGGACACAGAGCUUAAGCCUUCUCAACGUGCGAGGCUUAUUGUCAAGUGGAUCGAUAUUGCUCAGGAGCUGAGAAUGCACAAGAAUUUUUCCUCUCUAAAAGCAAUUAUCUCUGGACUCCAGUCAAAUCCAAUAUAUAGACUUAAAAAAACUUGGGGUGCUGUCAUAAAAGAUAAGGCAGAAUUGUAUGAAGAAUUAGCAAGAAUAUUCAGUGAAGAAAACAACCAGUUAAAUCAGCGUGAGUUGCUCAUGAAAGAAGGAACAGCAAAGCAUGCACAAACUGCCCAUGCAAAUGACAGACAUCUUCCUAAAGCUCUUGAGAAGUUGGCUAUAAACCCUUUGGCUACUAGUUAUGGAACCAUUCCUUAUCUUGGCACAUUCCUGACUGAUCUCACCAUGAUUGAUACAGCUAUUCCUGACACAGUUGCAAAUGGCCUGAUCAACUUUGACAAAAAGCGGAAGGAGUUUGAGGUUCUGGCACAGAUCCGACUGCUCCAAGGUGCAGCUAAUGCUUAUCAAAUGGAGAGAGAUGAGAUGUUUGAAAGAUGGUGGGACUCUGUACUUGUAUUAGAUGAUAAAGAGGCAUGGAGACUCUCUUGUCAGAUUGAACCCCAAGGAUCUUCAGCUCCAUCAUCUACCAGAGAGGGUCGGAUAAGAAAAAGAGCACAAUUUGGGCAUAGAAAAAAUGACAGCAUUGCCAGUACUUCAAGUGGAUCAUCCAGUAGUCAGUUUUUCUUUGAUAAUGACUCUUUAAACACUCCCACCAGUCACAAUGAUACAUGCUCUCUAGAAAGAAAGAUGUCAACAUCAUCUAGUAGCUCAUCACUACCAUCACUAGAUGUAUCUGUGCACUCGGGUGGUACUUCUGCAUCAGGUCGCACUCCUGAGCGUACUUCAAGCUCUCAGCAACAACACGUUCAACAGACAACAGCUUCUCCAUACAUCACUCCUGAUUUCUACAUCAUCAGAGUGUCGAUUGAAAGUAGUGCACAUGAAAUUGAAGGAGUAAAUCUUUACAAGAGUAUUAUGUUGAGCAACUCUGAAAGAACUGUGUCAGUCAUUCGAAAAGCAAUGGAGAAACACGGAUUCGAGGGUAAUCCUGAAGACUACACAUUGGCACAGUUUCUUCCUGAUGGUGAAAUGCUGUUGCCUGCAUCUGCAAAUGUUUAUUAUGCAAUCAACACUCAAUAUGACCUUAAUUUUGUGUUGAGAAGACGGCGGCAUGGUGAUGAAAAUACAAUCAUUAGAAGAAAUCCUACUAAGGACCACAAAGUUCGCAAAAAGCUCCUGGUUACAUAACUGAACCUGGAAGCAUGGCAACUCUAUGCAUCUUGUUCUCACUUGCUGAAAAGAAGUUGUAUUCAUUUUGGAAUGGCUUAGCGCUUCUUUUUGAUUAUAAUAAUAAUAAUCAUUUUGGAAUAUUGUACAUCCAGUAGAUGCCAAAGUAAAUGUGGAGGCCAUUUUCAGUGUGGUGUAUGUCCAGAGAGAGAAAAAAAAAAAAAAAAGUUUAUAAGAGUUGGAAAGUGAAGUUCUGAUUAUACAGUAAUAAGCUAUUUGAAACUGAUAAGACUAAAAAUAUUGCUGUAAUAUUUAAACUUCCAAAUCCAUUUCUUCUGAAAAGAAAAAAGUUUUCAAUACCAGGGUUAUACAACUUUCAAGUCUUGCUCUCAUUUCAUUAGUGCUGUGAAAUCAUUUAUUUCAGUGCUGUCUAUUAUGUAAAAUGUUCUAUGAAUAUAUGAUCUGAAGUGUUAUACAGGUAUAUGUAGUAUUUAUGUUUUUAUAUAAAAUGUAUAUGGAGGUGUAUAUUAUGAAUGGUUCUUUUUUUUUUUUUUUAUAUGUAUAUUGUGUGUUGGAUAAUACUCAAGGUAGUCUAUAAUUUUUCUUUAAGCUUUAAACUGUCCCCACCCCUCCUUUCCCCCCACUCUGUUGGAGUAAUUGAAGCUAAAAUCUAUGUGCAAAUUAACAACGAAUGCUCACAUUCUUCACUGUCAAGAAUCUACUGUAUUUUUCAUUAUUUAGCACCCUUGGCACCAUACCAUACUACAAUAAUCAACAUGGAAUGCUCUCUUGUUUUGAAUUAGUCAGAAGCUAAUUCAUUACAAACCCAUGUGAUAAAUCGAAAUAUGCAUUUCCCAUUUUUUGUGUAUUUAUAAAAAAUGGGAUUAUUGUGCACACACAUUGUUAAUAUUCACCUCAGCUUGUCUUUAAUUGUCCCAUAAAACUUCUCUCCAGUUAUGAGUACCAAUGUUCUGGGCUACCAUAGUGCUACUAACAGUUCAUGGGUGAAAAAUGAAUGUUUUCCCCAAAUUCACCAGUUUUAUUACUUUGUAAGCAAAGUCAUUUAGAACAUGCAAUGUUGUUGGAGAGUUCAAAUUUUAUCCUCCCGAGUUGUAAAUAUUAUGUAGGUUUUGUAUACAUGUAAAAUAAACAUUCUAUUGUUACCUUUGUAAAUAAAGUCUAUCAUUUCUAUAA